GUCUUCAUCAUCUCUAAGCUGUUGAAAGUUUCUAAUAGUAGAGUACUUUAAAGACUUUUUUUUUAAGAAUUUUAUGCCUUUUCUAACAAGUGCUUAAUGGCAAUAACUUUACGAAAGGAAAAAAGUCCGAAUUUCGAUUCCUCUUUUGCAGCCCCCGGUGAUUUAUAUAGAAUAUUAGCCUCGAGUGAAUCGCUUAGAAGUCACCUCACAGACAGCUAUUGGUGUGAGGCCAUGGAUGAGGUAUGUGAUGGUAAGUUAAACGGAGUUGUGGUGCGUUAUACAGGUGCAAAUUUAGUGAUGAUGCAGUUUAUGCCAACAAAGCUAUCCCUUGCGGGCUAUCGUUACCCUUUAUCGAUGUCAAUCCCCAUCGAGUUCAUGGUACCAGUGAAUCCUCAAGCAAUAAAGAUAACCCCAUCCAAAAUGAUAAGUAGCUAUUCUGCAAGUAUGGGAGAUAGUUUUCGAAGUUCUAGCAGUAUUGAUUCCAAGGGACAAGGUUCAUCGACUUUCCAACUUCCAAAACUUUGCGUAGUGUGUGGACGCUACAAUGUUCCGAAAAUGCAGUUACGCGCACAUGGUUGGAAGUGCAAGGGCUGUAAGGGUAUUAAAUCGUUACCAAAGUUACGCAAGGAAGCUAUAAAAUUGCGGGAUGAAUUGAAGGUGGUAUAACAAAAAUAUUUUGUAUACUAUUUUCUUUUUGUUCUUCAUUUCAAAAAAUAUGUAGAUAUCCUUGACGUGUAAACAAAAAUGAGGCUUUUUAAAAUUGAAUAUAUUCAAUGCUACAGAACUCACAUUUCACAAAAUAAGCUUAAAGGUAUUUUAUAAAUGGAAGUAGGCAUAAGGAAAGAGGUUACUAUGAAUGAGGAACAAUAAAAAUAUAUAGCAAAAUCUAUCCUGUAGUUUAAAAAAUAAGGAGAUACAGCUAAGGAGUUUUGAUGUUGACUAUAUCUAAUGUUAACAUUAUUGUCUUCCUUGAAUGUAAGUCACUACACUAUAUAUAUAUAUAUAUAUAAUUUUUUUUGCUUUAUUAUGCUGUAAAAUAUUGUUUCAUAGUGAUUUUUUACGAAUACAAAACAUAAGAUGUUGCUUUUUCUUCAAGAAGGGUAUUUAUAGAAAAAUUAAUGACGAAAACUCCAUAAGCAGGGUUAAGAUAAUACUACUUAUUGCUGUUCUAUAGAUUACCAUUAGAAUACCAUAUUUUUGAUUUAAAAGUCAUUUUUAUCACGUAAUCCAUAUGACCUUUUCAUUUAAAGGCAAAUUAAAUGGGGGUUUUCCCAUUACUACGAGUGCUUCUUAAAAAGUAACUGAAAAGAGAAUAAUGCACUCAUCAAAACAUUGGCACUAUUUUGGUCGCACAACCACUGUAUAUCUAUUUAGUAGUAAUUCCAAUUAAUUAUGCAUAUUUUAAU